AUUGAAACAGCAGCAGUUAGGCGUGCGGCGGUACCUCAUACAGUGAUAAACCUCUGCGAUAAAAAAAAGAGAGCUGAGUUGAUAUUAACCCGAGCUAAACCCGUGGAAAGGAGCCGAACCCAGGCCCGGUUCGUAGCGCUGGGGCUCUGUCCGCUUGCAGAGAUGGUUGUCCGGAGUGGGCUGUAGAUUCCUGCGGCGGGACUGAAGAGGAUGGGCUCAGUGUCCCAGUGCCUGAGGAGAUGUCUCUGGGUCGGCUCCUUCGGCGUGCCUCCUCCAAGGCCUCCGACCUCCUGACCUUAAACCCCGGGGCGGGGGGCUCAUCGUUGCGCUCGGGGCUGGAUGGCGAGAUCAUCUUCUCAAAGAAUAAUGUUUGCGUGCACCCUGCGGAGCCCCUCCCGGGCCUGGCUGAGCACCACCCAGGCUACUUGUGCGUACAUGUGGAGAAAGACGAGUGCCUGGGCUCAACGCUGAUUCUGACUUGGGUGCCGAAUUCCCGCAUCCAGAGGCAGGACGAGGAGGCGCUGAGAUACAUCACUCCGGAGAGUUCGCCUGUGCGCAGGAACGCCCGCCGCAGAGGCAGGAGGCCGCGCUCACGUCCUCCAGCGGCCGCUCCAGAGGAAGAGGAUGAUGAGGAGAGGAACAUCACCAGCAGCACCUCAGCCCACAGCCUGGUGGGUGAGAGCGGCUCAGACCCCUCCUCUAACCAGCAGCAGCUUCUUUUAGCCGGGGAGGAGGGUGACGAAGGGUCCUACGAGCUGUCGGACGAGGUGAGCCGGGACAGCACCAUGGGCUCCGACUCGGACACCUUCUCCUCGCCGUUCUGCCUGUCGCCCGUCAGCGAGGCUCUGUGUGAGAGCAGCGGCUCCGUCUUCCUGGACCCAGAAAGCAGGGAACUGUGUGAGGAGUCCAUGAACCACUCUGUGAGCUCUGCAUCCAGUCUGGACAGCCACGCCCCGUCUGAGGGUGGCGGCCAGUCGCAGGCCAUGCGCUGGGAGGAGCAACAGAAGCUGCUGGCUCUGGAGCAGCUGUGUGGAGUCUUCAGGGUGGACCUGGGUCACAUGAGGUCGCUGAGACUCUUCUUCAGUGAUGACGCGUGCACUAGUGGCCAGCUUGUGAUAGCUAGCAGGGAGAGCCAGUAUAAGAUCCUUCACUUCCAUCAUGCUGGUCUGGACAAGCUGGCUGAGGUCUUCCAGCAGUGGAAAUGCUGCAGGGAAACCCAACCUAAAGACCAGUUGUCGGAUGAAAAGUCCUGCAUGCAGUUUUCCAUCCGGAGGCCCACACUGCCAUCAGCUGAGACGCACCCCGAGGAGAGGCUUUAUAGGCGGGUGGACGUCGCCGCCUGGCUGCGUCACAUCAACCACAGCGGGCAGGUGGAGGAGGAGUACAAGCUGCGGAAGGCUAUCUUCUUUGGCGGCAUCGACCCAUCCAUCAGAGGCGAGGUGUGGCCCUUCUUGCUGCACUACUACAGCUACGACUCCAGCUCUCAGGAAAGAGAGGCCUGGAGGCUGCAGAAACGAGCUCACUACCACGACAUCCAGCAGAGAAGAUUAUCCAUGAGCCCAGAGGAGCACAGCGAGUUCUGGAGGAAAGUCCAGUUCACGGUGGAUAAAGACGUGGUCAGAACGGACCGCAGCAACCAAUUCUUUAGAGGAGAGAACAACCCGAACGUGGAGAUCAUGAGGCGGAUUCUGCUCAACUAUGCGGUGUUUAAUCCCGACAUGGGCUACUGCCAGGGCAUGUCCGACCUGGUGGCCCCCCUGCUCACUGAGAUCCAAGACGAGAGCGACACGUUUUGGUGCUUCGUCGGCCUCAUGGAGAACACCAUCUUCAUCAGCUCCCCGCGUGAUGAAGACAUGGAGAGGCAGCUGAUGUACCUGCGGGAGCUGCUGCGCCUCAUGCUGCCGCGCUUCCACCAGCACCUGACCCGCCUUGGAGAGGAUGGCCUGCAGCUGCUGUUCUGCCACCGCUGGAUCCUGCUCUGCUUCAAGAGAGAGUUCCCCGACACAGAGGCACUGCGCAUGUGGGAGGCCUGCUGGGCACACUACCAGACGGACUACUUCCACCUCUUCCUGUGCGUGGCCAUCAUUGUCCUGUACGGGGAGGACGUGACGGAGCAGCAGCUCGCCACCGACCAAAUGCUGCUCCACUUCAGCAACCUCUCCAUGCACAUGAACGGAGAGCUGGUGCUGCGCAAGGCCAAAGUGUCUCUCCUUGAGCUUGCUUCCCCUCAUCGCGCUCGCCGCUCUCUUCCAGGCCCGCAGCCUCCUCUACCAGUUCCGCCUUCUUCCCAGGAUCCCCUGCAGCCUGCACGACCUUUGCAAGCUUUGCGGCCCGGGGAUGUGGGACAGCCGCUACAUCCCCACGGUGGAGUGUUCAGGCGAGCACCCAGACUCCCUGAGCUGCCCCUAUGGAGGCACCUCCACCCCACAGCCCUCCUCCCCCUCACCGUCGUCCUCUCCAAACCACACGCCCACGCCGGACGGCAAGAGGGGCUCCAAAAAACGGGACAUUUUCACCUUCCGGAAGCAGUCCUGAGGGGUUAUUACUUUACUAUUAGUUUCACUAUCUACAACAAGAUUUUUUUUUCCUUUUUUAUUUUGUUCUUGAACUUUUCAUUUGGUGCAAUGUUGAACACUGCCUUACCAGGGCGUUGCUGUUGACGUUCAGCAUCGCAUGAUUCUGCAACGAGGGCAGCUUGCAGUCAGACGGAUCGGAGGUCAAGAGGCUGCUUUCUCCUCGGAGCAGAACAGACAAUCACCAGGCGCCGUGUCGAUCUGGAGCCACUUCAGGUUCAAGUCUGCUGCUGGUUUGGCAUUCUUCCACAAGAUUUGUGGGCACCGGGGAGGUCACCGUGGGGUCAUCACGCAACUCUGCUCUCAGACUCUGACGGGUCAAAAAGCGAACUGGGGGCGUCUUUCACAGAACUUGAACUUGGACUCUUGGAAAAUGUUUUUGGGUUCUCACAAUGGCAUAAUUGUGUGAAUGUCAAAUAUAAUGUGCAUAUUUAGAGUCUGAGAGUCUUUUUGACCUCGAAUCCAAACUCUUUCUGUUAAAGAAGUAGUAGAAAAAAAACAUUUGUCUUUAGCUUUUGUUUUCCAAAACAAAUGAAUGUUUUUGUUCUAAAUAUUUAGCAAUAUUAUCUUUGCAUGAGCAAUUCUUUGCAUAUAGAGGUCACAACAUAUUUGUUGUGAAGGGGGAAAAAAAAAUCCCAAACAGAGGCGAGAGUGUGUUUAUGUGACAAACACUAGCAUCACCACAGGGCUCCUCUUAUCUUCCCAUCCUAUAAGUUCUCUUUCUUGAACAGAAAGAGCUUCAACAUUUGCACAUUAGCACCAUUAAUUGUAAAAUAUCUGCGAGUAAAGUACUGAAUUUAUUUAGUAGCAGUUUCACCAAAGAUACGGUGCUUUACAGAAGAAUUUCUGCCUGUUGAAAUGUUUCACAUAUUGUCAAGUUGCAACAACAAACUUGAGUGUGUUUCAUUGGUAUAUUUUGGGUUAUCUCAAAACAAAGUGGUGUAUAAUUAUGUAGUCGUUGUUUUAGUUUUGCGGAACCGAAAGCUUUUACUAGUUAUCCACUCCUGACCCUGGAAUUUUUGCCCAUUUGUCUUUGCAGAAUAUUUGCAAGUCAUUCAGGUUGGGUUUAACAUCUACAUACCAACCCAACCAACUGCAAACACUAGUCAAUCAUUUUCCUUCCACUACAUAAUUAUGUAUUACGUUAUAUUAGUGAAAUUCCAAUAAAAUACACCAAAGUCUUUGGAUGGUGUAACAAAAUGCCCUCAAGUUGCAGGAGGUAUGAAUAUUUUUGCAAAGCGCUGUAGAUCAAGUUAUUUUCGGAUCACUUCUUCUAUGCUUGGAAUUUCAUCCUUGGUGUUUUGAGCUGUUUUCUGUAGCUCCCCACCCCCCAUCUUUACACUUAAGUACACGAAAAGGCACACGAGUCUAACAACGAGUCCACAUGAAUGUAGCUUUUCACAUCAACACAAUGAAAGUCACGCAUACGUGUGUGAUUGUAAACUGAAGUUACUGUUGCGACCAUUUUCCGAAAACGCAUCGAGGAAAGUGGAGCAGUGAGCCUGUCGUUUAGGCUUCAUCCAGGGAGAAACUAUAAAUUAAUGUUGCCUCAAGUGUGAAGAUGAUUUCCCCUCGAGGAGCCUUUGAGUGACACCCGCAGGAUUGUAACAUCUGCAAAACGCUGCUAUAAUGUACCACAGAUUCCUUUAAUCAGCCUUCCGGCAGCUUUGCAGAUAAAUUAUACCUGCUUCUUCAUUCCUGUUAGCUAUCAUAAAGUGCUUUAAAAGGCAUGGAGGCUGUCUUGAAGGUGAUGAUGGGUAAUGUUCAGACGGUGACCUCAUGGAUUUCUUAACAUUUAAAUCACGUUGUUUACACAAAAGCCACCAAUCACAGUCGUUAUUGUUGACUUGCCUCUUUUGGAAAGGGGUUGUUAUUAUGAAUUGUGGUCAUGAAUGUAAAACGUUGCUGUUUUUCUUUUCUAUAUUAUGUUGACGUAUUACUGCACACCUCACAAGAGAGCUAAAGGCUAUUCUUAUUACUGGUGUUAAUAAAAAGAUCAUCAAUAAACUGUAUUUGUGCUUUUGUGACUCAA